UCCAUUCCUCAACUUUAAAUCACUCAUCUUUUAUCAUCCACAGAUACAAUAAUUGUCUACGAUUAGUUCAACUUUUAUCAAAAGAAAAACUCGUAGAAAAUCAAAAGAAAAACAGAAAACAAAAGUCCAUACUUUUGCAGAGUCAAGAUUCUCAGCAUCCUCAAGUUUGCUGGUGAAAAUUUCAGGGUCUUGUGGUUCUCAUCGUCUCCAGGAUAACCUGGCCCAAGAUUUCAAGGUCAAGUCAAGGGGUUCACCAUAAAACGAUGGAGGCUUUUGGAGCUUCGGUGGCAGACAAAACGUUAAAUUGGACUUUAGACAAAGUGCAAAAUUACUGGAAUUUGGAUAACAAUCUCAAGUCCCUAGAAAAAGAGUUGCAAAGAUUAAGCGACAGGAAAUCUGACAUUGAGUUGGAAGUGUUAAAUACAGAACGAUCCGGUGCUAAGAAAAGGAAAAGAGAGGUUAACAGUUGGUUUGAGGAGGUAGAAGAAAUGAAGAAUGAUUUCAAUGCAUUGAAAAACAGUGUCCAAGAGGGUGGAUUUCGGGAAAAUGCAAUCCGCAGUGGGGAGAGAGUGGAGAAAAUAGGAGCAAGAGUGAAGGAUUUACUGGACCAAAGUCUACAUUUUGAUAAGCUCUGCGUUAACGCUUUUGGGAACAGAAACAAGCCUCGGGUGACAGAAAAGUUAUUUGGAGAAAAGUUUGAUGAAGGUUUGAAAAGAAUCUUGGCGUGGUUGGAAAUUGAUAAUAUCUCAAACAUUGGGAUUUACGGGAUGGGAGGAGUCGGCAAGACCACUUUAGCAAGACACAUUCAUGAUCACCUCCUUAAGAACCGUAAUUUCAAGAUUUACUGGGUUACUAUUGUUGUAGAUAUUUCAAAAGAUUUUUUUUAUGUUUGUUAUGAUAAGAGUUUAUCUGAUAAAGCUUUCCAAACGUCUGUUCCUAUUCUUAGGAAGAAUUGUUUCAAAGACAAAAUUUUGAUAAAGGCCUAA